GAAUAAAAUCCAAGCUAGGGAGCCCGCGGAGCACAGGGAGCCCACGGAGUAGCCACAGCGUUGGAGCCAGCAAAUCCCCUGAGCCACGAACGGGCCUGAGCAGCAGCCACGAUGUGCGGAAUCUUUGCCUACAUGAACUAUAGAGUCCCCCGGACAAGGAAGGAGAUCUUUGAAACCCUCAUCAAGGGCCUGCAGAGGCUGGAGUACAGAGGCUACGACUCGGCAGGUGUGGCAAUCUAUGGGAAUAAUCAUGAAGUCAGAGAAAGACACAUUCAGCUGGUCAAGAAAAGGGGCAAAGUUAAAGCUCUUGAUGAAGAACUUUACAAACAAGACAGCGUGGACUUAAAAGUGGAGUUUGAAACGCACUUCGGCAUUGCCCACACUCGCUGGGCCACCCACAGGGUCCCCAGUGCUGUCAACAGCCACCCCCAGCGCUCUGACAAAGGCAACGAAUUUGUUGUCAUCCACAAUGGGAUCAUCACAAAUUGCAAAGAUCUGAGGAAAUUUCUGGAAAGCAAAGGCUACGAGUUUGAGUCAGAAACAGAUACAGAGACCAUCGCCAAGCUGAUUAAAUAUGUGUUCCACAACAGAGAAACUGAGGACAUUACGUUUUCAACAUUGGUUGUCAUUCAGCAGUUGGAAGGUGCAUUUGCGUUGGUUUUCAAGAGCAUCCACUACCCAGGAGAAGCUGUUGCCACACGGAGAGGCAGUCCCCUGCUCAUUGGAGUCCGCAGCAAAUACAAGCUCUCUACAGAACAGAUCCCCAGCUUAUACAGGAUGUGCACUCUGGAGAAUGUGAAGAAUAUCUGUAAGACACAGAUGAAGAGACUGGACAGCUCUGCCUGCCUGCACGCUGCAGGCGACAAGGCCGUGGAAUUCUUCUUUGCUUCUGAUGCAAGCGCUAUCAUAGAGCACACCAACCGAGUCAUCUUCCUGGAGGAUAAUCACAUCGCUGCAGUGGCUGAUGGGAAACUCUCCAUUCGCCGGGUCAAGCACUCGGCUAGUGAUGACCCAUCUCGAGCCAUCCAGACCUUGCAGAUGGAACUGCAGCAAAUCAUGAAAGGUAACUUCAGUGCAUUUAUGCAGAAGGAGAUCUUCGAACAGCCAGAAUCCGUUUUCAAUACUAUGAGAGGUCGGGUGAAUUUUGAGACCAACACAGUGCUCCUGGGUGGCUUGAAGGACCACUUGAAGGAGAUCCAACGAUGCCGAUGGCUCAUCGUGAUUGGCUGUGGAACCAGCUACCACGCUGCUGUGGCUACGCGGCGUUUGGAGGAACUGACUGAGCUCCCUGUGAUGAUUGAACUUGCUAGCGAUUUUCUGGAUAGAAACACACCUGUGUUCAGGGAUGAUGUUUGCUUUUUCAUCAGCCAGUCAGGCGAGACGGCGGACACACUCUUGGUGCUGCGCUACUACAAAGACCGCCGCACCCUGACUGUGGGUGUUACCAACACCGUGGGCAGCUCCAUCUCCCUUGAGACCGACUGCGGCGUCCACAUCAACGCAGGGCCAGAGAUCGGUGUGGCCAGCACCAAGGCUUAUACCAGUCAGUUCAUCUCUCUGGUGAUAUUUGGUUUGAUGAUGUCUGAAGACCGAAUUUCACUACAAAACAGGAGGCAAGAGAUCAUCCGUGGCUUGAGAUCUUUACCUGAGCUGACCAAGGAAGUGCUGUCAUUGGAUGAGAAGAUCUACGACUUAGCCCUGGAGCUCUACACGCAGAGGUCACUGCUGGUGAUGGGACGGGGCUACAACUAUGCCACCUGCCUGGAAGGAGCCCUGAAAAUUAAAGAGAUAACCUACAUGCACUCAGAAGGCAUCCUGGCUGGGAAGCUGAAGCACGGGCCCCUGGCAUUGAUUGACAAGCAGAUGCCCAUCAUCAUGGCCAUCAUGAAGGAUCCUUGCUUUGCCAAAUGACAGAAUGCCCUGCAGCAGGUCACAGCCCGCCAGGGUCGCCCCAUUAUAUUGUGCUCCAAGGAUGAUACUGAAAGUUCCAAGUUUGCGUAUAAGACGAUUGAGCUGCCCCACACUGUGAACUGCCUCCAGGGCAUCCUGAGCGUGAUUCCACUGCAGCUUCUAUCCUUCCACCUGGCUGUCCUCCGAGGAUAUGACGUUGACUUUCCCAGAAAUCUGGCCAAGUCUGUAACUGUGGAAUAAGGAUGAGACUGUCACAAGACCAUCACUACCUUUAAUCUGAUUCCAGACCUGUCCCAACAGCAGUGAUGGGAAGAGAAGUGGGCAUCCAACAUGUUCUGCGUGUUCCUGUAGAGUUUGACAGCUUCCACGUGCCUUCUACCCAAGUGCUUUUGCUUACAGCAGAUACUGUUUCUCUGUGUCCUGAAGUCGCCAGAGGAGAAGGGAAUCAUUGUUUACACAUGGGGAUCAGAGCAGACUUCUCCACUAUCGUGCAAUAGAGAUACAGCUCUCUUCAGAGUAACUGUGAACCUUUUAUAACCAACACUAGAGUUAGUUUUAAAACACAAGGUAUUUAUAAUGAUGAUUGUAUAGCUUUUAAGUUAUUUUUCUAGUAUGUGGCUUUCUGUAGCCAUGGUAAUGGCCAAACUGUUCAUCCCAGCUACCCAUGUGCUAUCUCUAGGCUUGAUCCUGGCAGGUGGCAUUCAUCUCAGAUUUGAGCACAACGCAUUGGCCCUCUGGACUCCU